CUGAUCAAAGUUAGAUUUAUGUGACGUCAUUAUGGCCUGGUUGGGUUAGGUUUGCUUGGAAAUUUUUGUUAAUAAAUCUCGUAUUUUGGUGUAUUAUAUGUUGGACAGCUUAUUUUAGAAUAGUUAUAUAAAUACCUCAUAGAUUAACAGUAAUCCUGGUGCCAAGGAGUAAUUGUGUCGGUGACAUUUUCUGGCGAAAAUGAAUCGCCAUGAAGGAGUCAGCUGUGAUUCUUGUUUGAAAAAUAACUUCAGAGGACGACGGUACAAAUGUUUAAUAUGCAUCGAUUACGACUUGUGCGCUGCCUGUUAUGAGAGUGGCGCUACCACAAACCAACACACAACAGAGCACCCCAUGCAAUGUAUUCUUUCCAGAAGUGACUUUGAUCUUUACUAUGGUGGCGAGGCCCUCGCCCUGGAGCAGCCGCAAGCCUACACAUGUCCGUUCUGCAACCGCAUGGGAUUCACAGACACUGCACUCAUGGAGCACGUCACAGCCGAGCACGCAGAUACUACACUUGCCGUGGUUUGUCCAGUAUGCGCUUCAAUGCCAGGCGGAGAACCUAACUUCGUGACAGAUGACUUUGCCGGUCAUCUCACCCUUGAACAUCGAACUGGCCCUAGAGAUCUCAUCUCAUUUUUAGACGAGCCGAGCGGCAUCCGGCACGGCGGCGUCCGGCGCAUGCCGCACGCCGGCCGCGGCGUGAGCCGCGCCAGACGGACCAACAUGCACUUCAGCACCAGCGGCGGGCUGUCGUCGCUGUCGCCGUCGUCGCGCGACGCGGUGGUCGACCCCAUCGCGGAGCUGCUGUCGCAGCUGUCCGGCGUGCGGCGCGGCGCCGGCCAGCCCGGCACGCCCAGCCAGCUGCAGCAGUUGCAGAUGCAGCUGCAGCUGGAGCGCCAACAGGCCACGGCGGCGCGGCAGCAGCUGGAGCGGCUGCCGCGCCGGCCCGCCGCCGCCACCGCCGCCGCCGCCGCCGCGCCGCCGCCCGCGCCCGCGCCCGCCGUCGCGCCGCCCUCCACCGCCGACCACACCGACUCCCAGUACCUGCUCUCCGGCUUCCUAGGAGCGACGACGGGCGUGGUAGGCCCGGAGGCGGAGACGCGCGCGGCGCUGCUGCGCGGGCUGGUGCUGGCGUCGCUGGGCCCGCCCGCGCCCGCGCCGCGCCCGCCGCCGCCCGCGCCCCGCGCCGCGCCCGCCCCCGAGCCGCAGCCGCCCGCCCUGCCCCAGCCCCAGCCCGCGCCCCAACCCGCACUGCCGCUGCCGCGCACCAAGCCGCAGCCGCGCACCAAGGAGGCGGCGGCGCGCGCGCACGCGGUGGCGCGGCAGCUGCCCGAGGGCAGGUAGGAGCGCGGGGGCCGC